UUCUAGAUCCUGCAUCGAAGAAGUAGAAGCAAAUGUUGAUUUACUUGAACAAAAGUUAGACAAGGUAUUAAAAAAUUGUAGUCAGAUGAUUGACACUGGGAAACUUUUUGUAGGACAUCAGAGUUAAUGGAUAAACAAAACAAAACAAAACAAAACUAUAAAUGUUUGGUUGAUCAUAUAAAAUAUAUGAUUGAAAUGCCAUUAAUCAUUUUAAAUCAAAUGUGUUCAAUAAUAAAAUGGGUGAGGGAGAUAUAAUACUUCAACUAAUAAAGAGGAGUCAGGAAACACAUGAAUUACAACUCUGUUGAGAAUGACUCAUACAUAUGCCAAUUUGCAAAUAGUCUCUGGGAAUUAUCUCUGUAUUUUAAUGAUGAUUCAGAGAUAAUGGCCUUAUUGAACAAACUUAUUCAUGCUUUACAAGAAAUGAACAAGUUUCAUACUAUUUUAUUAGAUCAAGCAUCUAGAACUGUAAUUAAAGAUCUUAAUUCAUUCGUUAAAAGUGAUAUCAAGAGAGUAAAAGAAUCUCGACAUUAUUUCGAAAAAAUUUCUGCAGAUUUAGAUAUAGCUUUAAAUAGAAAUUCCCAAGUUCCAAAGUCCAGACCUGCAGAAUAUGAAGAAACUUCGAACAUUUUAUCAGCUACCAGAUCCUGUUUCCGGCAUACUGCUUUAGAUUAUAUUCAUUCUUUAACAAUGAUACAGGCACGCAAACGACACGAAAUAUUGGGCACUUUACAUAAUUAUAUGAACGCGUGCAUUACUUAUUACCAUCAAGGUAGCGAUCUAGCACAAGAUUUGGAUCCAUUUUUAAAACAACUCGGGGAUAAUUUAAUUAAAAUGAGAGCCGAUUCCGUGAAACUUGAAAAAGAAAUGGAAAAUCGGCAUAUUUACGUUACCAAUAGAGAUUUAAUACCUUCCCCAACACCUGGUAAUCCUAAGAUGGAAGGCUACCUCUUUAAACGUACUAGUAAUGCGUUUAAAACAUGGAACAGAAGAUGGUUUUGUCUAAGAGAUCAUCAAUUGGUUUAUAAAAAAAGAACUGGUGAUAAUGAUUAUACAAUUAUGGAAGAAGAUCUUCGUCUUUGCACUGUAAAACCAGUGGUUGACUGUGAUAGAAGAAAUUGUUUUGAAGUAUUAAGUCCUACGAAAAGUCACAUAUUACAAGCUGAUAGUGAAGAAGCUUAUUUAGCAUGGGUAACUGCCAUGCAACAAGCAAUUGGUGCUGCCAUUCAAAGAGGUAUGGGUGCUGGUACUAUAAUUAAUAUACGAGAAUCGCAAUCACAAAAUGUUAGAGGAUCAAACAGGCAGCAAACAAAGCCUAAGUCAAGAGUAUGGGAACAAAUCUUAAAGAUUGCUGGAAAUGAUACUUGUUGUGAUUGUGGUGGUGCUAAUCCAAGAUGGGCCAGUAUCAAUCUUGGAAUUACACUCUGCAUAGAAUGCUCUGGAGUGCAUAGAAGUUUAGGUGUUCAUUACAGUAAGGUUCGUUCAUUGACGUUAGAUGAUUGGGAACCUGAAAUACUGAAAGUAAUGGCAGAGCUUGGAAACACUGUUGUGAACAAUGUUUAUGAAGCUUUGCCAAUCCCUCCUAAUAUUAUUAGAGCUACUCCAAAGUGUAAUGGGAAUAUACGUGAAGCUUGGAUAAGAACAAAAUAUGUAGAACGCAAAUUCGUAAAACCUUUGAGCAAUAUGAUUUCAUCCGGACAGCAUGCAAGCCGCGAUAAGAUGCAUUUUCGUAAAUGGAGUGUCCGUAAAUUGCGCCGUCGACCACGGAGUUGUGACAAAAUCGAUAGUACUAAUCGUAACAAAACAACGAUGCUAUCAUCUGUAAAAGAGGGUCAUCAUUCGACAAGCUCGGACGAGAGUAAACAUACAUCAAUUGAAAGUUUAAGUUCUGUCGAUAAAACGAAGAAAGUUGAAAGAAGUUCCUUAAGUUCUGACGAUAGUACGAAUAUGGAUUUAAAGAACGAAUCUACACUUUACGGGAAAAUCUUAGCACGUUCUCGUAGCGAGGCAAAUGAAAGUAAUGUUAAGAGUAUCGAUAAUAAUAUGGAAUUUAACAUCGAAAAUGAACAUAAACUUUUAAUUCCUGAAAUCAAGGACAAUACAAUUGCCAUGAAUGAUUCAGAAAAUAACCUGUCGAUAAAAAAUGAAGUGUCCUUAAACACAGAGAUUUCUGAUGUGAAAGAUGCGUUCGAGAAUAAAGAUGCAGGAACGGAAAAGCAAUGUAAAAUAGAAUCCGAUGUAUUGAUGUUCGGAUGUGAUUUACCAAAGCCAACGAUCGAUAAUAGCUUAGAAUUAAGUUCCGAUCAAGAUUCGACUGCUGGCGAGGACGAAGAAUUCACAGAUGAAGAGGAUAUAGAAAAUUUGCAUCCUGAAAUGUUACUUUAUAAAGCUGCUGCUGCGCAUAAUCUUCCUGUAAUGUGUGCAGCUUUAGCAGCUGGUGCUGAUAAAUCGUGGACAAAUGUUAAUGACAGAGGAAGAAAUGCUCUGCAUCAAGCAAUUAUAAGUGGUUCUGUGAUGUCUUGCGAAUAUCUAAUAUUAAAUGGAGCUCGUAUCAAUUGCCAAGAUGCUGAUGGAAAAACACCAUUAUACUUGGCCACAGAAUUAGGUCACACUGCCCAAGUAUGUUUACUACUAAAACAUCGCGCGGAUCAGCAUAUCGAGGAUGAAAGUGGUAUAAAACCUUUAUCCAUAGCUGUGAAAGAAGCCAAUGCGGACAUCGUUACAUUAUUAAGACUUGGUCUUUUAAACGAGGAAAUGAAAGAUUCUGAGAUUGGAAUUAGCGGUGAUGAAACUUUCAACGAUGUCGUUCGUGAUUUUAGCCACCUAGCUUGUUCUCAUCCAGAACGAUUGCAACGGCGAAAUGAAAGUAACAACGCGUCACAACCGCCUGAAUGAGGUUUAAGAAUGUGCAAAGUUUAUUUGCAAAAUUUAAAAAGCAUGCUACAACGUAAAGAGAAUAAGCAGUCUGGUACAUCGAAAAUGUCGUCUUUCAGUUCCUUGCAGGGUAAUAAAAUUGAUUAACGAAGUAAGUAUGAAGUUCGAAGCUUGGCGAUAUAAUAAUUGAAACAAAACAAAGAACUAUUACGGAAGUUGUACACUUUUUUACACUUUGAUCUCUGUGCGAAAAAAGAUUUAUUAAAAUUUAUUAGCAUUUUGUAUUUCUAUUAAAGAUAACACACAAAGCUAAAAGACUUUCACAUGUUUUGCGAAAGGAAAUAGAAAGAAGAAAGAAGAAAAUAUUAUAUUUUGCUUAUACGCGAAAUUUAUGCUGUCUAAUGAUAAAAUAUUAAGAUGCCGAUCUUUUUGUAUAUUUUUCCUCCUCGUUUCCUCUGAAAUUUACAGAAGAUAAAGACACGGUAAUAAUUAUCGUGCACGAUCCGAUAUAUAUUUUAAAGAUGAUCUUACAAUUUAACGAACUUCACACAGACACUACAUAGUUAUAAAUGCAAUAUGAAAAAUAAUUUUGCAAAUAUCUAUGACAAAAUAUAAGUUAUUAUUAUACAUUAUUAUAUAGAUAUUUGUAUAUCGUUUAUGUGAUAUCCAGAAAAAAUAUGAAAAAAUAGUCAUAAACUCUAUAGUAUGAAAAUUUGAUUAAUAAUCGACACAUUUUCGAUAUAAUAUGAUGAUCUAAUUCCGUGAUGUUCAUGGAAUAACAAUUUUAUACAUAGAUAUAUCUGUUUUUAUAUACUUAAUAUUACUAGUAUUAUGUAUUGGUAUUGAAAAAUUUUUUUUCUUUCCUUUUUUGUAUUUUUUUUUUUUCCUCUUUUUUUUUUUUUUCUUUUUUAACUAAAAGUAGUAAUUAAAAUAGUAAAUUGUGACAUAGAUACAUAGAAUACAGUUUACAAUAUAAUUCAUAGAAUAGUUACAUUUAUAAAUAGCUGUAUACUAUAUUAGAUUACCAAAAUAGACUAACAAUGAUUCUAUAUAGUUCCGUACAAUACAAUACAUAUAUUAUAUAUCGAAUUUGUUGCCAAAAAUUGAAUGUUUGUACAUACAAACUUGUACAUCUGACAACUAAUUGACGUUAAUUCUUAAAGAAAUAUUUUAUUUCUUAAGAUUGUUUAAAAUUAACGAUCAAAAGAUAUACAUAAAAAUACGUUUACAAUUUUUGUUGUAAUUCAAUCUUUCUUUUUUUGCUAUGUUUUAUGCAUAUAACACACGUAAAUUAGUUUCGUAACUUGUACAACGAAUAAGUUAUACUUCCCUUUUUGUAUAUUUUAAUAUUAUACUAAUACUACGUUGAACAGUAUUUAUGAAAAAUUUGUAGGAUAAUGCAUGAUUUUUAGUCUACUUAUACGUAAUAGAAGAAUGAAUUUAGAUAAGAAUUUGAAAGAAAAAAAAAAAUAUCAAUCAUUGUUAUUAAAUAUUUUUCAUUGUUUACGUAGAGAGGCUUUAUUGAUAGUUACGAUUAAAUGGUACAAAAUCGAGAUCAUUAAGUCAUCAGUAUAAAAUUUCUUUCCGUGAGAUUUGUAUGAAAAAAUUAUUGCCACGUGAUUUUCAGAUUUGAUAUAUUUUUUUAUUUGUCAAUAUUUUGUCAUUCGAAUCUGGUAUUCGAUGUUUGAUGUAAGAAUCUUGUUUAAUUAAGCAAUGUGAUUAUAAACGUGACGUAAGCAUAAUUCUACUAAAACGAGAUACUCAUUGUUGUAUAAAUAAUUAGCAACAAACAAACUCAACUCCGAUCUAUUUUUUUAAUCUGCAGCACAGUUGUAUUUUAUUACUUGCUGUUUUUACAACAAAGUAAUUUUAAGAUGAAGAUCUUUUUUGUUCAUUGUGUGUUCUAUUUUGUUACAAAAUUUUUUUACGAAUCAUUUUAUUAUACCAACUUUUAUAUAAAUAAAUUUUAUUCCAACGAUGAAAUUAAUUACUCCUGUGCUAGUACUUUUAAUACGUACUUAGUUUUUUUUUUUUUUUUUUUGUACAAAAACAAACAAUUGACAAAAAGAAACGUCAAAUGAAAAUUAAUAAAAGACACACAAAGGAAUUGUUUUUCUAUUUAUUAACGAUAAUCGUCUUCCAAAGAUGAAAAUUUUCUCUUUAAAGGAUUCCCGUUGUAAUAUUAUCCUAAAUUUAUAAUUUACUAUUGUAACGUUAUCGGUUACUGUGAAAUCGUCACCGAUUACUGCCUAAUUGUGAAAUGUUGUUAAAAUAUUCCAUGUACGUCUAUAGACAAGUUGAACAAAUAAUAUAUCGUUUUUCUGUUGCGCGCCAUCGCAAUAAAAAAGAAAAAAAAAAAAAGAAAAUUGUAAACAGUCUAAUUCAUGUAUCAUGUUGUACACAAACUUUACGUCAUAAAACAGUGAUUAUGCAAGUA